CAAGGCACUCACGGAGGCACUCUUGUGGACCGGCUCUCCUGCCCUGUGCUCGUGUCUCCGAUGCUCGUAAAAGCCGCCGCUCGAAGAGCAUCCUGCCUCGUGCCUCGCCUCGCACCCGUGCUGUCAUCAAUCAAGAGCCCGCGUGCCUACUCGACUUCAUCUGGCGACCCAUCCGAGGCUCACUGGUGCGACAACCUGCUCACUGUGACGGGUCCACGGGCAGACAUAGCUGCCUUUGCAGACGCGAACGUCGCCACCUCUCCCUCCUUCCUGCCCCAGCGAACACCCUUCGGCGGGCUCGCCUUCCUCGCCUCGGCGCCUGGCCCUCUCUCCUUCCAGCCGCUCCUUCCAACCAGCGAGAGCGGCAUCCUGGAGCACGAUCGGUGCGAGGAGGCGUGGGGCUGCACCACCGACGCGCGGCACGUGCAGAUGCUCCCCGGCCAGCCUCGGAUCAAGGGCCGGAAGAGCGUCCGCUACGAGUUUUGGACGGGCGAGGGCCCGCCCGAGAGGUGGCUGCAGAGCGCGGCGGCUCACCACCCGAGGCUCCGCUUCGACCUGCACUACCUGCUGCCGGACGUGCCCUCCGCCUUCGAGGUUGGCUAUCUGCGCGGCCAGCGCCUCUUCCGCUCGCAAGUGAGUGUCGACUCGUGGAUGUGGAGGCAUCGCGUCGAGCGAGACGCCUUCUUCGCAGAGCUAAAGGGCCUGCUCGGGCUGCCGGACGGCCGGCUGCCGCGCAAGCGCAAGCUCAAGCCCGCGGAGGUUGAGGCGAGGCUCGCGGCGCGGGGCGCGGCGGACGACGCGAUCCUGCUGCUGUGCCAGCACCUGCAGCGCGGCGCCCGCUCGUACGGCCGCACGACCAAGCUGUGGUACCAGACGGUCCUCCCCGAGUUUGCCGCCUGGCUGUACACGCCGGCGGGGCUGCGGCUGGCGUGAGGAGGGAGCGAGGGGAAGGGAGGGGAGUGUGGCGGGUGGCAUAUGUGUAGGGCACAUAGUGGCAAUGGGGCGUGAGCUGCGACUUUUGGGUAUUGGGAGGCAUGACGCAUGUACAAUGUUCCGGCGAGGAGCGGAGUGGUGAGGGUGCGCUGUUUAUGCAUUGAACUUGAUAAAAAAGAAAAGC